CCUUCGUCGUCUGCUGUAAAAACACACGGACAACAAAGGCGUCGCACACGUUCGGCUAAACUGUCAUGUAGCUAGCCUUGCCGGUUGUAGAUGCUAGUCAUUUUUCCAUUGGAAUUUUCCAAUAAUACAAAUAUUAUUAGUGUAGAUCUGACUGGCAGCUACUGCAUUGUCUAUGCGCCCAUGUUUAGCACAGAAUACGAGCCGCAGACAGAACAAAAAUGACGCAAAGUGUUUGUGUCCUGUGACUCAGCAUCUGUUCAGCCAUGGAGAAGCCCUGGAGGCUGUGGGGGACAGUUGAGCGCUGCACCCUGACCCUGGUGUCCUGGUCCUGGGGGGCCUGCCGCGUUUCCCUUCUCGCCCUCAUCCUCACCUUCCAUCUCUACGGAGGAUUUUUCCUUCUCGCCCUCAUCCUGGCAUCCGUGGCAGGAAUCCUAUACAAGUUUCAGGAUGUUCUGCUCUACUUCCCUGACCAGCCGUCAUCCUCUCGCCUUUAUGUUCCCAUGCCGACUGGAAUCCCACACGAGAAUGUUUACAUUCGCACCAAGGACGGGGUGAAGCUGAACCUCAUUCUGCUCCGUUACACUGGAGGGGACACUCUUCCUGGAGUCGGCCCCGGUAAUCAAAGCAGCCCUACGUCCUCGGCUCCGCCCACAAUCCUCUACUUUCACGGGAAUGCGGGGAACAUUGGUCACAGGGUGCCGAACGCCCUUCUGAUGCUGGUUAAUCUGAAAGCGAACAUUGUUUUGGUGGAUUAUCGCGGUUAUGGAAAAAGCGAAGGAGAGCCGAGUGAGGAUGGACUAUACCUGGACGCAGAGGCCACUUUAGACUACAUCAUGAGCCGCGCCGACGUGGACAAGACGAAGGUGGUGCUCUUUGGAAGGUCACUGGGGGGAGCUGUCGCGGUGCGCUUGGCGUCAGUCAACCCUCACCGCGUUUCAGCCAUCAUUGUGGAGAACACCUUCCUCAGCAUCCCACACAUGGCGGCGACGCUCUUCUCCUUCCUGCCCAUCCGGCUGCUGCCCCUGUGGUGCUACAGGAAUCAGUUCCUGACUUACCGGCAGGUGGCGCUGUGCCGCAUGCCUUCGCUCUUCGUGUCCGGCUUGUCCGACCAGCUGAUCCCACCGGUUAUGAUGAAACAGCUGUACGAGCUGUCUCCCGCGCGGACUAAACGCCUCGCCAUCUUCCCGGAGGGCACGCAUAACGACACGUGGCAGUGUCAGGGCUACUUUGCUGCUUUGGAGCAGUUCAUGAAAGACCUGCUCAAGAGCCACGCCCACGAGGAGAGCGCCCAGCCUUCGGCCAGCGUCACCAUCAUCUGAACAAACGUGACGAUUGAUCUUUUUUUUUGAAAGAAUGUACAUUUUUUUGAAUUUGGCUUUUUAUUUCCAUCUAAAAUAUGACGCUUAAAUUAAUUCAAUCUUUCAAGGUUUUAAGGAAUAAGAACAGCCUCCAUUUGGAGUACUUUUGCUCCACUUAACGCUUGUAUUUAUGGCCUUUCUGUAUGAAGCUGCAACUCUUUCUCAAAACGUCUCAGAGAUUCUAUUUGCUGAAACAGCCUCUUACAUUCUGAGAUUUAAAGAAAAUUUAUAAUUUCAUAACUUGACUAAAUUAAUCCAAAAUGAACAUGUGAGCAUUCUGUAAAUAGAUAUAUCACUUUGAGACUUUGCACUUUUCUUUUUUUGGUUUAUUCCAAAUGUUUCUGAGCAAUAUUGAGGAGCACACGGAUGUAUAUUUAUUGUUUUUUUCCCCUUUAAUGCCAAACUUUCAGCUGCUCGGCAUAGAAUGAAAAUAAAUGUUUAUUGGAUAAUGUGUUGAAA